AUGAAGGUGCUGAAACUACCAUGGUUGACACACCAGGAAGGUCAGAGAAAGUACGAAAUCUACACAAUUGAUUUAAGUGCUGAUGGUGAAAGAGCUGCAACAGGUGGGUUAGAUGGAAAGAUAAGAAUAUGGUCAGUUUCAAAUAUCCUGCAAUUCGCAAAGCCCAAGGAUGAAUGGCCUGCUAUUAACGAACAAAUAAAGAAACCACUAGCUAGUAUGAAUAGGCAUACUGGUUCAGUAACUGCUCUAAAGUUCUCUCCAGAUGGGAAAUACCUGGCAUCAGGUUCGGAUGACAAAAUCCUUUUGAUUUGGGAGAGAGAAGAGGGUACUAUUCAGCAUAUGUUUGGUAGUGAUAAUGAAUUAGAGCACUGGAAUGUUCGCAGGAGGUUAGUAGCCCAUGAUAACGAUAUUCAGGAAAUAUGUUGGGCACCAGAUUUAAGUAUUCUAGUAUCUGUUGGGUUAGAUAGGUCUAUCAUAGUAUGGAAUGGGGCAACUUUUGAGAAGAUUAAGAGGUUUGAUGUGCACCAGUCACACGUGAAGGGUGUAGUUUUUGAUCCCGCGAAUAAAUAUUUUGCUACUGCUUCUGACGAUCGUACUGUUAAGAUAUUUAGAUACCAUAAGGGUGCCGACUUAAGCUUUACCAUUGAGCAUAUCAUAACAGAACCUUUUCUGAGUUCACCACUGACCACCUAUUUCAGGCGUUUGUCGUGGUCCCCAGACGGGCAGCAUAUAGCUGUUCCGAAUGCGACCAAUGGGCCUGUGUCUACUGUUGCAAUUAUUAGCAGAGGCAGUUGGGACACCUCAGUGAGUUUGGUAGGACAUGAUCAGCCUACCGAAGUAGCAUGCUUUAAUCCGCGAUUAUUUGAGCACGUAGAAGAUGGUGACGACCACCAGCAUAGUUCCAGUGAAGGUAAAGAGGAGCCGGGAUCUGAAGCUGGUAACGACAAGAAGCGAAAGCACACAGAUGAUAGAGUUGACUCUGUUAUUGCGACAGCAGGACAAGACAAGACAGUAGCAAUCUGGAAUACCAAUAAGGCUAGGCCAUUGGUUGUGGCAUAUGAUAUAGCUACAAAGUCUAUAACUGAUAUGAGCUGGACUGCUGAUGGGGGAACACUCUUCUUAACAUCAUUAGAUAGCCAAAUCAUAGUUCUGGUAUUUGAAGCUAACGAACUAGGGAACAUGAUACCACUGAAGCAGAAUGUGGAACACCUAUACCGUUAUGGCGCAGAUAAAGACUCCGUCGUGUUCCCAGAGAGCGUUAUGCAGCUGAGGCUUGAGGAUGAAGCAAGAAAGACCAAGAAGCCGGAAAUUAAAACCACCGAGCUAUUGGAAAGCAGGAUUGGUACCGUUGCGAAGCCAAAUGUUUUGGCAGCAAGGCCAAAAGAACCCACCAAAAUCCAACCGAGUCAGGUGAGCACUAUAGCUCCCACCAAAAAGUUAACCCAUAUGAACAAGGUUGUUGUCCAGAAUGGUAAAAAGCGAGUGGUCCCAACUCUAAUUUCUGGUGGAUAUUCCCCAGUGACAGUAACAUUUGAAUCAAGAGCUGCAGAAAUCGAUCCUAGCUUCGCAGACAAGAACAAGCCUGCUAAAACAGAGCAACAUGUUCUAAAAGGGAAAAUCUCGAAGUCUGCCUACCCAAUUCCACGUCUCGGAGUUCAUACUUUAAUAAUGGGCGUUAGAGAGCGGGAUCAGGAACGUUUCUACGUAGAUGAGCAAUCUGGUUCCAAUAUCGAUGACCUUUUAGAGGAGGAAGAAGAAGCUCCCGAACACAAAUUGACUCUCAAUGCGAAGACAUCAAUUGAGAAGAUUUGGAAAGACGAACCAAGUACCCGCUACCUCGAGUAUCCCGGAUGCCUUCCCGAUGCAGACGUUGUAGUCUGCGAGUGCGGCGACAUUGACGACUUGUACGUUUUAGAAAUACGAAAUGGCGUAGAACGUGCAAUUCAAUUUGAUAGAGAGGCACUAUUUGACAAUCCAACUAGAAUUCUAGGCUACUAUAAGGGAGAACGUACAUUAGAAGCAUUUAUCCCAGAUGUCAUCAUAUCAUGUAUCGGCUCCAGAAAAUGCAAGUGCUGGGCACUGGCUACGGCAAAUGGUGCUAUCUACUUCUACAGCUCUAACGGGCAGCUCAAGAUCCCACAAGUUUUCAUUGGUCAUAAAAUUAUAAAGUUUUCAACAUGCGAAGAAUACCUAAUAGCCUUAACGGAAUCUUACCUUUUCUACGUAUGGGAUCUUGAAAAGAUGAAACUAAUAUUUAAAGAAAUCUCUGCACUUCCAGUGCUUCUACAAGAACCAGCUAUAGCUAACAGAUCCCGUCCUACAAAGCGAAUACAAGAUUUUUCGUUUCAGCCAGAUAUGUUCAAAUUAACAGUAUUACUUACUGAUGGGAUUAGCUACAUAUGGGAAAAUGAUUUAGGUUGCUGGACUGAACCAACAAAUCAGGAAAAGAAAAAUGACUUGGCCACUAAUGGUCUGGAAUAA